AUGGAAUGGCAAGUUGCUGGAAGAUUCUGGGCAAAGAUUUGUGCCAUGCUUGACUUUCUCGUGCAGCCUCAUCUGCCUUAUCUUGCCUUCCUUCUACAGAGGCACGUGUCCUUAAUGUUGGCUGCUUUCUUCGUUGUGCAGAUUUUUCAUUUGCCAAUGAAUCUACUGGCAAAACCAGAGAACAGAUAUUGUGAUACAUCACAUUUACAAUGCGAGUGGUUACAGUCUGCUUAUUGCAAUUGGGAUUGGGGUUUAUGUGGGCAAACACACCUACAGAAGAAAGAAUGGGAUAAAAAAUUUAAAAGGUGCGAGGCUGCAGUUCUUGCAGUUCAAGUAUGCAACAAUAAAGAAAGCAACAGAAAAUUUCCAAGUUCGCAGGGAAGGAGGGUUUGGUGAAGUAUACAAGGGCAACCUAGCAGAUGGCAGAGCAAUCGCAGUAAAGCGUUUAUAUGCCAAUAGAGAUAGUAGAAUUUUAGAGAUUUGCAAUGAAAUGGACAUUAUCAGCAGAGAAAAACACAAGAACUUGGUUUGAUUCCUCGGUUGCUGUUUCGCUGGUGUUGAUAGCUUUCUUGUCUGUGAAUGCCUGGCUAACAGAAACCUUGAUCUCAUAUUAUUUGGUAAGCUAUCAACAUUAGAUUUGAACUCUGAAAACAUAUUAAAAGAGUCAUUAUUGCU